AUGUCUCUCCCUACCAGCGCACGCGUUUUUCGUCGCACAGAUGAUGGCAAAGACAUUGAGCUUUUGACCGAAGACCUUCCCAGAGAGCUCGCGCCUACCCAGGUCCUCAUCCAGAUCCAUGCCGUCUCGCUCAACUUUCGCGACGUAGCGAUGCUCAAUGACAGAUACCCUGCGCCCGCCGACCAUCGUGGUAUUCCCUGUUCUGAUGCUGGUGCUACUGUCAUUGCUGUUGGCAGUGAAGUCGCUGAUUUCGCUGCUGGCGAUCAUGUCUCGCCUACUUUCCGCUGGACGACCGAUGAUGGCGUGAUGAGAGCGCUGGGUGGAGAUUUCGAUGGCGUCUUGAGAGACUAUGCCGUCUUCGAGUCCGAGGCCUUGAUCAAGAAUCCAGACUACUUGUCACCCGAAGAGGCCUCCACUAUUCCCUGCGCCGGAGUCACAGCAUGGACUUCACUGGCACAGGACGACUGGAAAAAGGCAGGCAAGAUAAAGACAGCGUUGAUGGAAGGAACUGGCGGUGUAUCCCUUUUUGCCCUGCUCAUCUGUCUCGCCGCAGACAUCACACCCAUCAUAACGUCCUCAUCUGACAAGAAGCUCGCUGGACUUCAAAAGUUUGCAUCUCCAGGUAAGGAGAUCCUCACUAUCAACUAUCGCAAUACACCCGAUUGGGCCGAAGAAGCGCUCAAGCUUACUAACGGCGGUGUCGAUGUGCUUGUGAACAACGUGGGCGCAACUACCAUGGACCAGAGUUUUGAAGCCCUGAAGCGCUUUGGCACAAUCUCCUUGGUCGGAUUCCUAGGUGGCACCNCCGACAAGAUGCCUGAUGUAACCAUGCAGAUCCUCACGAAGAGCGCUCAUGUCCAGAUUUUGGCUGAUCUACGGACGAACAGGGGAAUCGCGACAGGUACAAAGCAAGACCACCAAGACCUUUGCAACUUUUUGGGUGAANAAAGAGUCGAUCUCAAACCCACAAUCGACAGAGUCUUCGAUUUUGAAAACUCCAGUGAAGCGUUCAAAUAUCUGUACUCUGGUGCCCACGUUGGCAAAGUGGUGAUCAAGAUCUGA